AUGAACUAUAUACAACACCGAAAUCCAAUCGGCAGAAGGCGGGAUGAGCGGAAAGAUGAUUCUCUCCCGAACCCUUCUACUAGCCUCCAAGCUUCACCACCUGUGCCAACCUACGGCAAAAAUGAAGAUCCGCUCGCCAGCGCCUUACUUGGGGCAGCUGAAAUGACUUCGAAACUGUGCAUUGUACAUCCCUGUAAUGUUUUGCGCCGACAAUGUCAGGUCCACCAACACGCGAAUUCGCUACAUCUGACGCCGGUCACGCUCGUGCCAGUCAUUUUCAACUUGACGAACAAACAGGGGAUUCUCACCCUUUGGAAAGGCUCUAUUGGCAACGGUGUUCUUUGGGGACUGACAUCGAUUACGGAGAUAGUCCUAUCCGAUGUUUGCGGCCUUCCGAACGAAAGCGGUCUGGGCGAAGGUGACUCGGAGAAUAGAGUGAUGGAAGUUAUUGUAAAGGGCGUUGAUCGCAUGAGAUUUUUUGCAUUUGGUGCUCGCGACUCUUCCCGUCGCUUUUCAAUCCUCCAUCUGGCCCUCCCUACGGUGGCGUUCCGGACAUCACAUUACCUCGUCCAAACCGGGCUUUAUCAUUAUCUCUUCAAUAUUGCAAGGAGAUAUGUGAAUCGAAAACCGGAAUCGGAGAGGACAAAGUUUCACGAAUACGUGCCGCAGAUUUUUGCGCAGAUGACAUCUUCCGUCUGCACGGACAUGAUCUUGUUCCCGUUUGAAACGAUUUUGCAUAGAAUGUAUAUACAAGGGACACGAACACUUAUCGAUAAUCUGGACAGUGGCUUGUCGGCUGCCUCGAUAACGAUCAAAUACAGCGGGUUCUUCGAUUGCUUGCGACAGACCGUCGAACGCGAGGGCUUUUGGGCGUUGUAUGCGGGUGCCGGCGCUCUUUUCCUCGAAUACAUGCUGCAAUCCACAUUGCAUCAAGUGGCUCGGGCGAUAUUUGACCGCGGAAGUGAAGCCUUGCUCCGCCGUGCCACCCAUGCUCAUCUGGCCACAACACCACCGAUUUCUCACGCCGCCAACCUGGACACGAUUGGACCGUUGUCUGGACCGUUGGCUAGCCAGCAGUUGCAACAGCCCUCAGCCUACCAAGAUGAUCGGCCGGUUUCGAUGAUUGGCAGCCCGCAUAGGGGUAUCCCGAUUUCCGCGCCGUCAGUGCCAUUCCCUACCGCGUCUCCGCCGCUCCUCGCCUCACCGACGAUGGUUAGGGCUCCGCAACCCCGCGCGCGAGAAGCUCUCUCGUUCCCAUCGUUUGGUGAGACCUCUGGCUCCUAUGGCUCACCGAACCCGCCGACGGCAAGCCCAUUCGGAAAUCCCCCGCAUCAACCGCCCAAGUCAUCAAUCUUCGGCAGAAACGCCUCAGCUGGCUCUGGAUCUAGCUGGGAACCGCUGCCACCGCUCCACCUUGACACAAAUAACCAGUUUAGU